AUGAGGACAGUGUCCUGUUUUGAGCAAGAAGUCUCAGAUGUGAGCUCGGAUGAAGCUGCCGAGGUUGCGCUGAACGGCGGCGCCGCGCGGCACGGGCGGCCCCGGGGGGCACCGCGGGGGGGGGGGGGGAGGGCACGGGGUGCGGGGCGGCGCCGGGAGGGAGGGCUCGCGGUGCGGGGCGGCCGCGGGGCACAAUUGCGGGCUGCUCACACGGGCUCCGCACCGCCGGCUUCGCUUGCAGUCGUUCCCACGCGGGCGGCGGCGCGUCGCCACGGGAAUGGGCGCCCGCGGGGAUCCGCUGGGGGCGGCGUGACGCCGUGCGGUGCCCGGGAUGGAGCUGCGCCCGGGGCGGGGAUCGCCUCGCGGGUGCGGCCUCGGCCCGUGCGCGGGGACGGCUGGAGCCGCGCGGCAGCCCCUGCGCCGCGAUCCGGCCGUGGGUCCCUCUGCUGCACGGGGCCGAAGCGCCGCGGGCGGCACGCGGAGCUCUGCGACACCGCCGCGCGGGGCGGGGAACGCCGGGGGUCGGAGCGCGUGGUGGAGCCGAGGGCGGCCCGAGAGCCGCGGGCAGAGGGAAAGAUGGCCUUUAAGGGUCCCCCGUCCGACUCCGGCCGUUCCGUCGUUCUGUGUCUGUCUCUGGGGAGAUCCCACCGCGCGGCAUCUCGGUUCCCCCGUGAAAAUCUGCUGCCUGCACGGAUCCUCUCCCUGGCCUUCAGUUCCCUUAGGAGGAGCAUGGAGCGUACCGGGUGGGGUCACACCGUGCCUGGGGGCCAUCGCCCAGGGGAAAUGAUGACUGAGUGUCCUCCGUCGCUAAAUGGUUUGCGGUGAGUCUGAUCCCAGCAGCCUGCAGGCUGUGUGCUGAUGGGGUGUGUGGGUGUGGGAAGCCCUGCAGCCCCGGGGUGUCUCUGCACGUGCCCUGCUCAGCUCACACCUGCCCUGCCCUGUGCUGCCCGCAUCCACGGAACGAGCUAUAGAAGCCUGAGCUGUCCCCUGUCUUCUGGCAUGAUCCUGGAGCGCUGAAGAGAAGAGCUUAACUUGCAAAGUUACACUGACAUUGUGAGCCUUGCAUACCUAAUAAACCAUGGCUUCUUUAAC